AGAAGAAGGAAAUAAGGAAGAUGGCGAAGCGAGUGGGAGGCAGGAACAGGGACGACGAGUCUCCACUGACUCGGACUGUCAACUCGGUCUUUGGCUUCUUCAGAUUCGCCGAGUUCGAAAUUCUAUUCGUCCUCUUCUUCGUCAUCGCCUUCAUCAUUUUCAAAGACCUCACAUCGCGGCCGGAAUAUAGUCAGAUUCUGGUAAAGAAGCCUGGCGGAGGUGGUUUUUGGCCUUCUUAACUGGAGUUCUCAAGAUUGGAUAAACAGGUUUCAGUUUUGCUCUACUUAUAUUUUUGUUAGUGGAACCUAAUUCCCUGCCAUCCAUGCACUUCGUUAUUCAAUGUAUUUAAUGUGAUUUAAUGCAUCUCCCAUGAUAUAGACAACUUUUGCUC